CAAACACAUAAAUCUCAGUGAGUUUUUUAUAUAUUAUUUUUCACUCUCCAUUGGAAUAAAGAGUAAUAGUUGUAAACCAUCAUGGCUAUGGUUGUAAUGCUAUUUUUGAUUUGCAUCCUUUUGAUGUCACUGAAAAUUGUCUAUGAAACUCUUUUAAGUUACUAUUUGAUUCCCAAACGUAUCACUAAAAUCAUGGAAAAACAAGGUGUGCGAGGUCCUAAACCUCGAUUUCUUGUUGGAAAUAUCUUGGAUAUGGCUUCUCUCGUCUCCGAAUCAACUUCAAAUGACAUGGAUUCGAUUCACCAUGACAUCGUCGCUCGCCUUUUGCCCCAUUAUGUUGCUUGGUCUAAGAUUUAUGGGAAACGAUUCAUUUUUUGGAACGGGACAGAACCGAGAAUGUGCUUAUCAGAAGCAGAUUUAAUCAAAGAGCUUUUUUCAAAGUACAACAGUGUUUCUGGAAAAUCUUGGCUACAACAGCAAGGUUCUAAACAUUUCAUCGGGCGCGGACUUUUGAUGGCCAACGGUGACGAUUGGUACCAUCAACGCCACAUUGUUGCUCCAGCUUUCAUCGGAGAAAAACUAAAGAGUUAUGCGGGAUAUAUGGUGGAAUGUACGAGUGGGAUGCUGCGAUCACUAGGAAAUGCGGUUAAAUCAGGCCAAGUGGAGUUCGAGAUGGGAGAGUACAUGGCUCGACUCACCGCUGAAAUAAUUUCGAGAACAGAGUUUGACAGUAGCUAUGCAAAGGGAAAACAAAUAUUCCAUUUAUUAACUAUUUUACAGCAAAAGUGUGCACAAGCUAGCCGGCACCUGUGCUUUCCCGGAAGCAGGUUUUUUCCAAGUAAAUAUAACAGAGACAUAAAGACAUUAAAAAUAGAAGUGGAGACGCUACUAAUGGAAAUAAUACAAAGUCGAAAAGAUGGUGUAGAAAUUGGGCGAAGCAGUUCGUAUGGGAAUGAUUUAUUAGGAAUGUUACUUAAUGAGAUGCAAAAGAAAAGAUCAAGCAAUGGAUUCAGCUUGAAUUUGCAGCUUAUUAUGGAUGAAUGCAAGACUUUUUUCUUUGCUGGACAUGAAACCACUGCCCUUUUGUUAACUUGGACGGUUAUGUUGUUAGCGAGUAAUCCCUCUUGGUUGAGUAUGAUAAUCAACGAGUCGUUACGACUAUAUCCACCAGCGACUGUACUACCAAGAAUGGCAUUUGAGGAUUUCAAAUUAGGUGAUCUUAAUAUACCCAAAGGAUUAUCAAUAUGGAUUCCAGUACUUGCCAUACAUCACAGUGAAGAAAUUUGGGGAAAAGAUGCAAAUGAAUUUAGGCCUGAUCGUUUUGCCUCUAAGCCCUUUUCUGCUGGACGGAAUUUUCUUCCGUUCGCCGCCGGUCCUCGGAAUUGUGUUGGACAAUCAUUUGCCCUAAUGGAAGCUAAGAUUAUAUUAGCAAUGUUAAUAUCGAAAUUUCGAUUCACUAUUUCAGAGAAUUAUCGUCAUGCACCUGUAAUUGUCCUCACUAUUAAGCCUAAAUAUGGGGUUCAAGUCAAAUUAACACCUUUGACUACUUAGAGAAAUUAAUUUUUGGUCAUUAGAGGAUUACUUUUCCUCUUUUUGCCGAAAUAUUUUUUUCUUAAGAAGAGCUUUUGAGGAGGAAGUUGGAGAAUAGCACUACUGAUAUGAGCAUGUAAUAUAAUAUCGAACUGAGAUGAGUUUAAAUGAACUGAUACAUUCAGUAAUGAUUUAUGUAUACAGAAAAUUCAUCUCAAAUUAUUAGAACUUGAAGCAUAUAAGUGUUAUUAUAUUAUUUUUUUUUGUUUUGUCUUUUGGUAAUUUAAGUAGGCUACUUGGGAUUUUGAUUAUAAAGUUAAAUGAAGAUAUCUUGGACUAUGGCUUUUUUUUAGGUUGAUUACUUAUCAAUUAAUUGAGUGGGUUCAGAAAAAGAUGGUUUUAGAUAUUAGUGAUUAGAAUAAGAAGUCCAGACAUGGAAGAUAUGAUUAA